UACAAAAUGCACUAUGCUCCACUAACAGUUCUGUUACAAAACUGUUACACGAAAUAAGGAUUAAAAUUUUACGCUUCUCAUCAAUAAAACACGUAUGAUAAACCACAUCUGUUCAACUUGUGCGCAAGACCGCAUUUUAUUAUGCGAAGGAAAUUUAUUUGAAAAGAUAACAUUCGAGGGAAAUGUCAAAUUAGAAAAAUUUUUGUAAAUAUUUUCAUGUACACAAAAAAUAUUGGUAAAACGGGCAAGUGUUUAUAUCGCAUAGACUAACAAAUUCAAUUAUGAUUUUACGGGAAUUAGUUAGAUUGUCGUCGCAAAACCGAACGCUGUAUUGUUAUUUGAUAUUAAGUGUAUGGAUUUUUCUUCUAAUAGCAGGAAUGUACAAGUACAUCGGCGCUAAUAACUUCCAGUCAUUCCUCACCGCUAAACAGUAUAACCACUUCUUGCGAAAAGAAGAAUCGUCACGAAUCCAGAAAUAUCAACAAGACUGUAACCCAAUACAGACGAUAGUACGAAAAGAGGAUGGGGGCAUUUUAGAUGGAUGGAAUUUGCAGGGAGUAUUGCUACUGACACGACAUGGUGACAGAGGACCGAUGAGUCAUGUGAAAGGAAUGAGUCUGGUGGAUUGUGGCCAGGAAAACGAUCCACUGCUCAAUAAAUACAAAACGUUUCUAGCCAAUUUAACGAAUGGUGCCACAGGAGCUACAAGUCAUCCGACGUGGACAAAAAUUGGUCCGUUUCAUAGUUUUCCAUUAUUGCCAGCUUUCGCGAAGAGUUGCAUGCUAGGGCAAUUAACAUACAAGGGUAUUGCUCAACUACUUCAUGUUGGCGAUGUUAUGCGACAAAUAUAUGGCAAUCAAUUAGGGUUAUUGGCAAAGCCGUUCAUGCAACGACAACCUAACAACACAUCCCAACCGAAUUUCAUAUCAGACGAAAUAGUUGUAUAUUCCACUAGAUACAGACGCACCUUUCAAUCAGCAAUGGCACUUUUGUAUUCCUUUCUUCCCACGGACCGAUGGCAGUCGUUGUCGAUUAGGGAAAGUCAUAGCCUAGCAUUUUGUUUUCUGGAUUGUGCUUGUCCGCAGGCAGAUUUUUUAAAUAAUCAAAUGGAGAAAGAGACUGUACAGCAAUUGUCGAAGCAUCCCACCGUGGCAGCUUCAGUUCAGUGGAUCGGAGCGAAUCUUUUGCAGAAUCCUUCGCCGAAACUAAAAGCGAUGGAAGUUAGAGAUGCUGUUUUGUCGAUUAUUUGCCAUAACGCUGCAUUUCCCUGUAAAAAUUCCUUCAACGUGAAUGGAGAAAUGAGUCGUCAACCGGCUAGCACAACUGAUCCAUCUGAGAUAAUAAAUAUCGAUCAGGAUGAUGGAGGCAACGACGCGGGAGUAGAAAUUAAUAAAUUUGGCGAACACUCCGAUUCGUCGGAAACGGAGACAUUAUCAAAUGGUUGCAUAGAAUCUAAUCAUGUUGCAGCACUUUUAUCGUAUACGAACUGGCAGGGACAAAGAGAAUCUGAGCAUAAAUUUACCAAACAUCAAGGGAUACUAAGGGCGUAUGGAAUCAUUAGGAGCAUAGUCAAUUACAUGUUGAAAAUGGUGUCUGGUGAUAAAACGAAAUUUGUUUUAUACUCUGGCCAUGAUCGAACCAUACAGUUCCUGACGGCAGCAUUAGGAAUCAAAAGUCAAAAUUACAUUGUACCGUACGCAGCGCGUGUCAUAUUCGAAGUUUACAAAAGUGAUAAAGAGACAGAAUUCUAUUUUAGAUUGGUGUACAAUGGCAUCGACGUGACGCGAGAAAUUGAUUUUUGCGAAGGGGGUAAAAGCUUACGAGUGACGAAAGACAGUAGAGGCAAUAAGGCCGAUUUAUGUCCGAUUGAAAAUAUCAUUCGCUUUAUACACGACGAUUAUUUUACCACUUUGAAUGCGACUAAUUUUAAGGAUGCAUGCACAGUGCAGAAGAAAAAUGAGUUUUAGAUAAAAAUUAUCAUGUGAAUAUCGUUUAUUCAGAUCGAAAGUAAAGAAUGUUAUCCAUGUUA